GCUCGCUCGCUCACUCACUCAGUCCCGCGGCCGCCCACUCCUUCCUCGACCAUUGAUCGGAUCCCUCGCUCGACUGCUCGCACGCACGCACGCCGGUUUCUUCGCUUCAUUUGAUCAGCCAGUCGCCUCCUCCUUGCAUCUCGCUCGCUAUAUUUGGGGAUCGUAUCUCGUGGUCCGUCGACGUUUUUUGCGAGGAAUGGCGAGCACGGAGGAUAAAGCGGCCAAUAAGGCGGACGCGUCCAGCUGGAAGGACUCCUUCUACAACCCCAGGACCGGAGAGGUUCUGGGUCGCACGGCCGGCAGUUGGGCUCUCAUCUUGCUGUUCUACUUGGUCUUCUACUGUUUCCUGGCCGGUAUGUUCGCCCUGACCAUGUGGGUGAUGCUGCUGACCCUGGAUGAGAACGUGCCCAGGUACAGAGACCGCGUUCCCUUCCCAGGGCUGGUCAUCCUUCCGAACUCGCUGGAUAUCACUUAUAACAAAUCCGAGCCCCUCAAGUACGCGCCGUACGUGCAAAACCUGGAGGCCUUCCUGGAAAAGGGUUACAACGACACGGAGCAGGAGAAGAAUUUGGAGUGUCCCCAGGGGGAGCAUUUCGUGCAGGACGAGGAAGCCGAAAAGAAAGUCUGCCGCUUCAAAAGGGGCUACCUGAGUCUCUGCUCGGGCCUCUCCGACACCAACUUCGGUUACUCGGAGGGAAAACCCUGCGUGCUGCUCAAACUCAACAGGAUCAUCGGCCUGAAGCCUCUCGGGGACCCUUACGUCAACUGCACCGUCAAAAAAGACAACCCUGUCCAGAUGCAGUACUUCCCCAGAAAGGGACGCAUUGACAAGAUGUACUUCCCCUACUACGGCAAGAAGGCCCACGUGAACUACGUUCAGCCCCUGGUGGCCGUCAAGCUGCUGCUCACCAAAGACGACUACAACAAGGAGCUGUCGGUGGAGUGCCGGGUAGAGGGCUCCAAUCUGCGCAAUAACGACGAGAGGGAUAAAUUCCUGGGCCGCGUCACCUUCAGGAUCAAGGUGGUGGAGUAAAAGGGAGGGAAAUGACCGCGCCCCCUCCCUUUACCCCGCUCCCCCGAAGGAAGGAAGGAAGGGUCAAAUCCCUCUCAGCCCUAACCCAACCCUAACCAUUCGAGAAGGAAUGUUGCUUCGACGACAAGAAGGAUGGACCCUUCUUUCCGCCAAAAUCCCCAGAGAAGGACGAGACGCUCCGGUCUGGUCUCCUCGCCCCCAAGCCGUUUUUCCCCUUUUGCUUUCAUUUUCAUCCGAUUAGCUAAUAGCCAAUGCAAGCAAGCCAUUCGCAAGUUUUUCAGGCGAGCGCGCUCCUUUCGGGGCCGAGUUUCCUAUCUCGUGACCGCAUUGCAAUUUGUUCAACCUACACACACACACAAAAAAAAACAUUUAGCUUUCGGGCGAAAUUUCAGGAUGGCCUAAAUUGCAUUUGACCUCCACGUCAACUUGUCCAGGUGAAAAACGCACGCGCCGGCAUUGACGGCAGUUUUUUUUAGGCCGGUCCUGAAAUGGAACCGUCGGCAACUUUGGUCGUCCCGCCCGCCCGCCCGCCGCUACGGCGAGAAGAGCAAAGUCGCUUGCUGAAGUCUCACUUAUCACACCGCCGAGACUCCAUACGUCAAUAUAAUAUAGCCACUGUAUUCCUACGUAUAUGGAAAUCGAUUCCCUUUCGACAUAUAGUGAUCCUUACCAUAUUUAGGGAAUAAUAGAUAGAUAUUUGUGGCGGCCCGCGUGGCCGCGACCUCGUUUCGUCUUCGUCUCGUGCCGUCUGUCCGUCUGCAUGUCCGUCUGAUUCCGCGUGCGUGCGUGCGUGCGUGCGUGCGUUCGCUCGCCCCUCCGUUGCAAUAGCGUCGGUUCAUCGGGAGAGGAGAGGCCGUCGAGCAAACGGAUCCAAUUCGACGUUUGUAAUAACUAGUACGCCGUCCGUCAAAUUGGAAGCUGGAGAGGCGCCGAGAGGAGAAGAAGAAGAAGAAGAAGAACUUGGAGCAGCGCAUACUUUGUGUACCGCACAACUGGACGUGAUCCGUCUGAAAGAGUGUUGGUUUUCGCUCUUCUUCUGAUUGUCUGCCAGUCUAUUACUCUUACUCAAUGUGUAUAUAUACUGUAAACACGAUCGACCAUAUUCACACCGUAUUUUUGUCACAAAACACAAUGUCUGUGGACUGUAAAGAAAUCAUUUAAGCAAAGAUUUACAGCAAAGCUAUGUUUACACACGCACGCAGUCUUUAAAGGAACCCGCAUUUGAAAGAACAACAUGUAACAUCUUCUCAGGGUGCCUUAAGACCUGAUGAAAUUAAUCGUGGAAUAAAAAGUGAUUUUGAAGAAAAACACAAACGCUUCAUUUUCAGUUGCGUAACACUCACUGGAUAACAAGACCAAAAUGUUUGCGCUUGUUGCCACACGAGGACACUAGAGUCAAGAUGUUUGUUUAUUUUGUGGCUAUUUUUACACGCUACAUCAUCUUUUUGACAAUCUUAGGGCAGGGAAAGUGCAUUUCCUCCGUAAACUACUUUCGAUUUCACAGAUUGAAAAGAAGAAAAAAAAGUUGCUGUCCCCGAGAUGUUGCAGAGGCGUGUCAACCAAGACAACCCACAACAUCCAGAGCCUUUAAGAACUCUGGGCGGAUCUCAACCACCCCUGGGGCUUUGCCGCCAAGGAGCUUUUAAACCACCUUGCUGACUUCAACCCCAGACAUAGGAGGACCCACCUCGGAGUCCCCAGAAGACAAAAAAAAACAAGUAAAUGGUAUUUCUUUUCCCCACUUGUUAGCAGUUUAAAAAAA